UAUUUUUUUGCUGGCGUCGAAGAGCUGUGAACCUUCUUUCCGAACAACACUUGGCCGUGUAAACUUUAGGAAAAAUCAUGAGUUCUGGGGAAGAAAUGCUUCUUGACGUCGAGAUUACUUCAUCUAAUCCGUCUUCAUGUGCACCGUAUGCUCUGAUCAUCACAAACACCGUACUUGUGAGCGUGGUUUGUCUUCGACCAGAAUUUUACAAAAUCAAAACCGCAGUUCUAGCCAUUCUCUUUGGUUCAGAUAGUAUUGCGUUUUUCAUUGGUGUGAUGAACAGUAUGGACUAUUUAACAAGAGAAGAUCAUUUGGAACGACAAAACAAAGGGAAUCAAACUUGUUUGAUUUAUAGACUUCAAGCCAACGUUAUCGCUCUUCUCUUUAAUGCCGCUCUAGUCAUUGUCGUGAACCAAAGGACGAAAAAGCUCAAGUCACCAGAAAAAGUACCAGUUACUUUGUCUAAUGUUCUGUGCGUGUUGUUUAACGGGAUCGCUUGGUACAUUCCAAAUGAAAUCAACAGACAAUUUCACUUUUCCAUGUAUAUCACGGUACAGGGCGAUUGGAUACAAAGUGAAAUCUGGGGAUUAGACUUGAUCUUCGUGCUCUAUUUCUACCGGGGUAUUUUUAUUGGCUUGUCAUUUAUUAGUGACUAUUUGAACGCCAAAAAUGAAGAAGACGAUGAAAGAGAACUGAGAUAUAUUUCAUAUUUAUAGAGCUUAUUUAUA